AUGACUGCCCAGGAAGAUAUCUCAGAGGCGCUAUGGACUCCCACUCAGGCUGGCAAGACGCCCAUGGACGAGUAUAGACGACAUAUCAAUCGGAAAUAUUCACAAGACCUCAAGAAUACAAAGGAUUUGCACAAAUGGAGCGUACAGAAUCCACAGGUCUUCUGGAUCGAUUUGUACCAAUGGCUCGAAUUCGUCCCAGAAUUACCAAAGGGCACGACCCAUGCCUACGACCCUAGCGUGCCUAUGAGUGCGAAUCCAAAGUGGUUCCCAGGCUUGGAAUUCAACUACGCCGAGAAUGCCAUGUUUUCCAACCCGGACGAGAACGAGAUAGCUCUCAUCGGUCUCCGCGAUGAUACGGACCUGAGCUCCAGCGACGGCGAGGUCAUGACAUGGAGAGAAUUCAGAGAGCAAGUCCGAUUGACUGCUAGCGCUCUUCGUCGCAGCGGUGUCCAGCGAGGCGACAGAGUUGGAGCGUUGGUUGCAACUUCGACAUGGGCCAUGGUGUUGUUCCACGCGAGUGCAAGUAUGGGUGCUAUCUUCACUUGUGUAAACCCGGAUCUCGGCAUAGAGGGCUGUGUUUCUCGAUUUCAGCAGGUUGGCAGACCGCUCCAUCAAGGUCCACGCAACAACAGCUGAUGUAGGCAUUUUGUGCGCAGGUGACUCCGAAGAUCCUCUUUGCGGAUUCUCAUACUGUCUACAAGGGCAAAACCAUUCCAACAGCUUCGAAACUCGCCAACAUCAUGCAACGCCUGGGUCCUAGGCCGCAGUUGUACAUCGUUCCCGUUGAGGCAGGCGUUGACGGUAACCCCAAGACGGUCAACGACUUCAUCCGAAAAGCCGAUCUGUCAGACAAGCUAAUGUUUACUCGUGUGCCUUUCAACUACCCACUGAUGAUUUGCUAUUCAUCAGGAACGACAGGGGCGCCGAAAUGCAUUGUACACCACCACGGUCUUAUCAUGCAGCUCAAGAAGAUCGCAGUCGUGCAUAACUCGACGACGCCGAGAGACGUGAUCUUGCAGUACUCAUCAACCUCAUGGGUGGUCUUCUAUGUUAUGUGUGGUUAUUUUGCCAGCGGUGCCAGUGCGUAGGACAGAGCUGUAUUGUUCAGUACGUGCUGACUUCCUCCAGAAACCAUCUUGUACAAUGGAAGCCCCAUGCAUCCCGACACAAAGCAGCUACUACGUAUUGCUAGUAAGUACAAAGUUACGUACUUCGGCACCUCGCCCCGGUAUCUCCUAGAAGUCGAGAUGUCGAAGGUCAUUCCAAAGCAAGAGUUCGACCUCUCCUCCCUGCGAAUCGUCUAUACAACUGGGGCGACCCUCUCCGCGGAGCAGUAUCGCUGGUUCUACAGAGCUUUCCCGUCACAUGUCCAUCUAUGCAACACAGCAGGAGGAACAGACACAGCCACAUCCCUCAUCGCCGCCGAUCCAGCAGGACCUAUUCACGCAGGGGAGAUGCAGGUAUUCGCUCUCGGGAUGGACGUUGACAUCGCGAACCCCGAGACCGGCGAUUCGAUCUUGGAGUCGGGUGAGUCGGGAGAGAUGAUUGUAAGAAGACCUUUCCCCAGCAUGCCUGCUCUCUUCUGGGGCGACGAGGACGGCACAAAGUAUAGGUCUUCGUACUUUGAACGGUUCGAGAAUCUCGAUGUCUGGGCUCAACACGACUGGCUGCAAUACAAUCCGAAAACUGGCGGCUUGAUCAUGCACGGUCGGAGUGACGGCGUCCUCAAUCCUUCUGGCGUCAGAUUUGGGUCUGGAGAGGUGAGUCCAGCAGUUGACGUGAGGCAUGACCCGGUGAGGCUGACUGGUCCAAUCAGAUCUACUCGAUCGUGGAGGCGCCGCCUUUCACUGAACACAUCUCGAACAGUCUCUGUGUUGGCCGGAGAAGACCACAAGAUAAGGACGAGGAUGUCUUUCUCUUCGUGGUCAUGAUUGCAGGCAACAUUUUCACCAAGGAGCUUUGGGAUGCAAUCAAGCAAGCGAUCAAGACAGGUCUCUCGCCGCGCCAUGUCCCCCGAUUCGUCAUUGAAGGUGGGAACCGUACACCUUUCCGGGUCGAUCACUGCCCUGGACGUUAACAAUUCUAUAGUCCCGGAAAUUCCAACGACCAUCAACGGAAAGAAAGUCGAAUCAGCCGUGAAACAAACGAUCAGCGGAAUUGAUGUCAAGCCGAGCAACACAGUAUUGAAUCCGGAUGCCAUCACGUUCUUCAGGAGGUUCAGGGAUCUAGAGCGCGAGCCUAGGGCUGCGAAGUUGUAA